AUGGAUUCGAGGAGGAGGGCCAUGGCUGUGUCCGCCGUGAUGGUUGUGGUGGCGAUGCUGAUGAUGUCGGCGGGGGUGGGCGGCGACUUCGCGGCGGACCAGGCGGAGUGCUCGGACACGCUGGUGGGGCUGGCGACGUGCCUGACGUACGUGCAGGAGCAGGCGACGGCGUCGGCGCCGACGCCCGACUGCUGCGCGGGGCUCAAGGCGGUGCUGCAGAGCAACCGCAAGUGCCUGUGCGUGCUGAUCCAGGACCGUGACAACCCCAACCUGGGGCUCAAGCUCAACGUCACCAAGGCGCUCGGCCUCCCCGCCGUCUGCAACGCGCCCGCCAACAUCUCCGACUGCCCCAGGCUGCUGAACCUGCCGCCGGACUCCAAGGACGCGCAGGUGUUCGAGCAGUACGCGAAGCAGGCAGCGGCACAGGGCAGCGCACCCAGUGGCGGCGGCAGCGCGGCGCCCGCGACCGCGCAGAAGAACGGAGCGGCGGCAGGUCCCGCCGAGCGGUGGUUGGGAGUGGGAAGCAGGGUCGGUGAUGGCGGCGCACGCGCGGUGGCGCUCGCACUCUUCGCCCCGCUCGCCGUGCCUUUCCUGAUUCUGCUCGGAUAG